AUGCAGUACUCCGUCUUCGUCGCUCUCUCUUUGGCGCUUGCCGCCUCGGCCAGGCCGAGGUUCAUUGGCUCCCGUGCCGAGUUCACCCUGCAGAACGGCCAGACCGCCCUUGCACAAAACCAACAGUUCGCAUCAUUGACCGCGAGCUCGCCCUGCACGGCCGGUCAGAACGCCUGUGUCGGCACCCAGUUCGCCCAAUGCGUGAAUGGCCACUUCGUCCUCACGCCCUGCGCGGGCGGCCUCACCUGCGCCGCCCUGCCCCUGGUCAACUCUCCGGGAACCAGCAUCACCUGCACAACAGCGGCGGACCGCGACGCGCGCAUUGCCGCCACCGGCGCCACGGGUACGGUGCAGCGCCGCGACGCCGACCAGGGCCCUACUGCUGACGUUCGCGCCGGGGCGAAGGCUGCGCCGCCUGCGAAGGCCGCUCCUGCGAAAGGCGCCGCACCCCCCGCGAAGGCCCCUGCUAAGGCUCCUCCUGCGAAGGCUCCUGCACCCUCCAAGGCUGCUGCGCCCUCCAAGGCGGCUCCUUCCAAGGCUGCUCCCUCCAAGGCUGCUCCCGCUACGUCAUCCAAGGCCGCCCCGGUUGCGUCCUCGAGCGCAGCUGCUAAGGCUUCGUCUUCUGUUGCUGCCGUCGCCUCGUCCGCGGCACCGCCCGCUGCGUCUGCGAGUGUCGCAGCUGCCUCCUCGUCCGCUGCUGCUGCCGCCACUAGCACUGCCGCUGCUACCGGCGCGGGGGCCAACUCGGCCAGCGGCGGUGCUGCCGCGGGUGGUGACCCCCAGACAUCGCUCACGCUGCUCCAGUCCUUGCUCGCAGAAGGGUUCACUCAGGAUGGACAGGCAGUACAAGAAGCGGGCCAGGUCCCGUCCCAGACGUCGUCGAACAACUUCAUCAACUUCUGCGCGACGGUCCCGAACCUGCCCAUCACGGACGGCAAGCAGGUCAUCGGCGGCUCAUGCAACCCGGCGCCGAUGGGCGUGAUCGCGGCGAAGACGAACAUGCCGGCGGCGAAGUUCGUGAAGCCCGCGAACCUGGACACGAUCCCCGCGAACACGAACUUCACGGUCUCGCUCGCGAUCAACCACCUCGAGACGGGCCACUUCGUGAACGCGGCGACGAACUACUUCGCCGCGCCGCAGGUCGUGAACGCCGCGGGCGACAUCCAGGGCCACUCGCACAUCGUGAUCGAGCACCUCACGGACAUCAAGCAGACGACCCCCGCGGACCCUGUCAACUUUGCGUACUUCAAGGGCCUCAACGAGCCCGCCGUUAACGGCGUGCUCUCGGUCACUGUUGCUGGCCUCCCUGCGGGCGCGUACCGGCUCGCGUCGAUCAACACCGCAGCGAACCACCAGCCUGCGCUUGUUGCUUUUCUUACUAUCCCCUCCAUUGCCAGCUUCACCGUCCAGUAG